CUUAGUAAGAAAAUGAAGCCAAACAUGGAUUUGGCAGACAAGAACACGGAGGAAGAUAGAGAAGAAGAGCAGCAGCAGCAUAAUGAAGAUGAGGAGAAGAGACUCACUGAGAAGAAAAAGAAGCUUGGAGGCCUCAAAACAAUGCCAUUUAUUUUAGCAAAUGAAAUAUGUGACAGAUUUGCAGUAACAGGGUUCCAUGCCAACAUGAUAACAUACCUGACCCAGGACCUGAACAUGCCCAUGGUGCAGGCCUCUAACACCCUCACCAACUUCAGCGGAACCGCGAGCUUAACCCCACUCAUCGGUGCCCUCAUUGCCGACUCCUUUGCCGGCCGUUUCUGGACCAUUCUGGUCAGUUCCUUCAUCUAUGAACUGGGUUUAGUUAGCAUUACCAUAUCUGCCGUCCUCCCCUCCCUCCACCCACCGCCAUGCCCAAGUCAACUCAAUUGCACAAAAGCCUCCAGUUUCCAACUCUGGGUCUUGUACAUUUCCCUCCUUCUGACCUCCCUAGGCACCGGUGGAAUCAGGCCCUGCGUGGUCACAUUCGCCGCCGACCAGAUUGACAUGGGCAAAUCAAGCCUGGCGGGCCGGAGGUGGAAUUUCUUCAAUUGGUACUACUUCUGCAUGGGAAUGGCAACGCUCAUCGCAUUGACCGUGGUGGUUUAUAUCCAGGACAAUGUGGGGUGGGGAUGGGGACUUGGAAUCCCGACCAUCGCCAUGGCUUUGUCCGUCAUUGCGUUUAUCCUGGGUUCACCACUUUAUAAGAAGCUGAAACCCGGAGGCAGUCCGUUCAUCAGAUUGGCUCAGGUUACUGUUGCGGCGGUGAAGAAAAGGAAAGAGAAGUUACCUGAAGAUCACAAGCUCUUGUACCAGAACAGGGAGAUGGAUGCUGAUAUCUCUGUUCAUGGAAGACUGUUACAUACAGAUCAGUUCAAGUGGUUCGACAAGGCUGCUAUAGUGCGAGAAGCGGAAGCUGAAGGUUCUUCUCCGCCGAAUCUAUGGAGGCUGGCGACGGUUCACAGGGUGGAAGAGCUGAAAUCCAUCAUUAGAAUGUUUCCCAUAUGGGCCGCUUCAAUCUUGCUAGUCACAUCAUCUUCACACCUAGGGAGCUUCACUAUCCUCCAAGCUCGCUCCAUGGACCGCCACUUGUCCCCGUCUUUCCAAAUCCCUCCGGCCAGUCUGUCAAUCUUCAGCAUUCUAACAACGCUGACCGGCCUUUGUUUAUACGAACGCUUCUUUGUCCCAUUUGCCCGCCGUUUUACUGGAAACCCCUCCGGUAUAACAUGCUUGCAGAGAAUGGGGAUAGGGUUCGUGGUAAAUAUAUUGGCUACAAUUGUUUCUUCUUUUGUGGAGAUGAAACGGAAAGCCGUGGCAGCUCGCCAUGGGUUACUAGACGAUCCUAAGGCCAUCAUUCCCAUAAGUGUUUUCUGGUUGGUUCCUCAGUACUGCAUCCACGGGAUAGCAGAGGUGUUCAUGAAUGUCGGGCAUUUGGAAUUUCUCUAUGACCAGUCACCAGAAAGCAUGAGAAGUACAGCUGCAGCACUCUACUGGAUAGCGACUGCAAUUGGGAACUAUAUCGGAACAUUGUUAGUGACACUGGUGCACAAGUACACAGGGGAGAAGAGAAAUUGGUUGCCUGAUAGGAACCUGAACCGGGGAAGGCUGGAGUAUUACUAUUGGCUUGUGAGUGGGAUCCAAGUGGUGAAUCUUGUAUAUUACCUAAUAUGUGCUUCGCUUUAUACUUACAAGCCACUGGAAGAGGUUUGUGAAAAUGUUGAGGAAGAAGAUAAGAUUUCAUGCAAUGCUGGGGAGCUAGAGCUUCCUAGAAAAGAGAGUGCUUAGAAUUGUAAAGAAGUAAUUACAUGGUAAAAUAUCAAUAAAUUGAAUGUAUAGUG